AGUUAUCUAUAUAUCAUGGAUCUUUGCUCUGUCUUUCAGGUUACAUCAUUCAAUAGGCGACUGUGUCAUCUUCAUAGGCCCUUCUUUAUACAUGUUCACUCUCAUCAAGUUUCAGCAACUUCUUCAGUAAAACAGCUCCCUAGGAUGCAACAGUUUCAUGUGCCUCCUAAGUAUAAAAUGUACUUUACUUGUACCAAGGACAAAUUAUUGGGGUUCAUUCCUGAUUCGUUUAAACAGUUCCCUUGGAAGGAAGCCAAGGGUGUUGCACAGCAGGAAUUACUGGUUUGGGGGAAAGAGGCACUGAAAUGGUCACUUACUGCAAUCUUAAUUUUCAGUUUUGCAUCUGAUAUUAUAUAUUCUAUUUCCAGAAACAAAGAAUUGCUAAUUCCUUUUGGUCUAUUUGUUGGAUGCUUGAUGACCAACUACCUUAACGAGGUAUCUCAAGAAUUAUCACAUAAUGAUAAGGAGAGAGGAAUGACUUGGCAACUUUUGGGCAUAUAUUGCUUCUUUAUUUUAGUUAAUGUUAUGUCCGUAUAUUUUCCAGUAGGAGGAAAGGUUUUUCUGUUGCAUGUUGCAAAUGGUGGUUUGAUGCAGGUUCUUUGGCUUUGGAGACAUUUGUUGGAACAGGAUAAAGAUGAAAGAGAAAUAUAUGGAUGAAGUGUCUCAACCCCCAGGUUCACAAAUGAUUCUAGGCACAUUUUGGGUUUGUUUCUACGAUUGUUCAUCUCUCUCAGUCAGUGUGCUAGAAUCAUAUGCUAUUCGAUGAACAUAUGAGAAUUUUGGAUCUUGUUAUAGAGAUUUAUGCAUAAAUGAGUGAUAGUACUGUUGCAACGUGCCAAGAGGGGGAAAGAGAAAAUGUUGGGAUUUUUAUGUGUAAUUGGAAAGAUAUUUUAGCUUGUACAUUAAUUUGUUUCAAACUAAUUCUCAACAUUGUGUUACCGUAUGCUUCGAUAAUAGUUCA